GCCCCUCCCCCAGCCCCGCACUCGCCUGUCUUCCUCCAACAAACAAAGAGGCGCUGUGAACCAAUUAAAAGCUUUGAAGCAUUCCAGCGCGCCGAACCAUCCAACCACCGAGGCGCUUCUAGACGCUUCGAACCAAUGAAGCAGUGAAGCAGCGAUGACGCCGGAGGCUUCGGCCGUCUCCGGGGCGAGACCGAAGCAGGUCCGGCUCCUGCUUCGAACCCGUCCGCUUCGGGAGGCUUUGCGGGCUCCGCGUCACCUCCACCGCCCCGCAGCUCCUCCGCUCCGCCCGUGAGAUGGAGCCGGGCCCCCGCGGACUCACGCACUUCCACAAGACGCACAUCCUGCGGGACUUCAUCGCGGAGGAGCUGAACCUGGCCGCGCGGGACAUCAUCGAGGAGAUGGAGAGGACCAUGGCGGGCUACGAGGAGAGGACCUCCGGGCUGAAGCAGGAGAUCGAGGAGCAGAGGAGGCAGCUGGAGUACCUGCACCCCGAGAGCUCCACGGACCACAGCAGGAAGAGGCCUCGUUCUCAGAUGUGGGAGCACUUCGAGCUGAUCAGUCCAAACAGGCUGCAGUGUCUGCUGUGUCCUCAGCAGUUGUCUUAUAACAACAACACCUCGUCCAUGAUGAGGCACUUCAAAGCCAAGCAUGACGGCAUCCUAGAACCAGAUUACGACAAGAAGCAGGAGCUGGACCAGGCUCUGGUCAACCUGGUGGUGAAGGACUCCCAGCCGUGCUCCAUCGUGGAGGAUCGGGGCUUCAGGGACUUUGUGAAGAAGCUGGACCCGUCCUACGCGCUACCGAGCAAACAGGCCCUGAAGAAGAUGGUGGACGACCGCUAUCAGGAGGAGAAGGCCGAGGCGCAGGCGCAGCUGCGGGGGGCGGAGGGCGUCAGCCUGACGGUGGACCUGUGGACGUCCGUGGACGCGCGCCUGGCGGUGGCCUGUCACUACGUGCUGGAUAACUCCAAGCUGGCCACGGUGCUGCUGGGGGUUCUGCCGUUCCCUCAGAACCACAGUUCCGCGGAGGUGGCGGACGCUCAGAGGACCCUGAUGGCGGAGUGGGGGCUGGAGGGGAAGGUGAAGUGCCUCGUGAGCGACGCCACGCCGAGCAUGAUGGCCGCCGCGGACGACUUGGCCGUACCGCAUGUGGAGUGCAUCGCCCACGCCCUGAACAGCGUGGUUCAGAGGGCUCUGGAUAAAACAGCGGGUCUGAAAGUUCUGCGCCGGCGGGCGGGCGAGGUGGUGGCGGUCUUCCGGUCCAGCGCCGCAGCGAAGGAGAAGCUGAGGAUCAAGCAGCUGAAGCUGGCUCUCCCCGCCACCAAGCUGGUGCGGGAGGAGAGCUCACGCUGGACCAGCACCUUCCUGAUGCUGCAGAGCCUGCUUGAUGCGCGGCGGGCCAUAGGCUCCGCCCUCACCGCCCUCGGGGCCAAGGUGGAGCCUCUGUCCUGCGACGAGAGCGAAACGGCGGCGGCCUGUCUGCAGGUGCUGAAGCCGUUUUACACGGCGACCGUGGAGAUGUCGGAGCAGAAGCGGGUGCUGGGGUCCAUGGGGAUCCCGCUGAUCAAGAUGCUGCUCCUCGCCACGGAGGAGGUGGCGGAAGACUCGGACAAUGUGACGGCGGAGCUGCUGGGCCAGAACUUGUCCAUGGGCCUCAGGAGGGAGUUCGACGGCCUGGAGGACAACCCCGUCCUGUCCCUGGCCACGCUGCUCGACCCCCGGUUCAAAACCAUCGGCUUCCGCUGCCAAGAGAAGGCCCAGCAUGCCGUGCAAACCCUGACCGCCGAGUGUGCGGCGCUGGUGAGGCCCACGGCGGACAGAUCCACAGAGCGACCAGCUCGAGCGACCUCCACGGGUAAGAACCCAGCUUUCAACCUCUGGAAGAGUCUGGACGACCAGGCCACCAUGGUGAGAACCCACAGCAACGCCACAGCGGACGCCACGCUGGAGGUCCAGCGCUACAUGACGGAUCCUCCCUUGGAGCGGUCAGAAGAUCCUCUGGUCUACUGGAACGAACACAAAAACAUUUACCCGCACCUGUUCUCCCUGGCCAAGAAGCACCUGUGCAUCCCCGCCUCCUCCGUGCCCUUCGAGCGCGUCUUCUCCAAAGCUGGAGAGGUUUUCAGCCGGAAACGGAACCGGCUCAGUCCAAAGGCAGCAGAGAAAAUACUGCUUCUUAACAAGGACAUCUGAGACUCCACGUUCAUGUUCUCUGCUGUUCUCGGCCUGCAGCUCGUCCAGCUGCUGCUUUCUCUGCACCUGACGGAGCGACGCAGGAACUAGACCCAGAGCCAAUGAGGAUUCGACAGAUGAGCUUGUGUGACCAUCACCUCUGCAGAGGAACCGACACAAACACCAGGAGAACCGACUCAAACACCAGAAGAACCGACUCGAACAUCA